GAAAAGGCGCUCAAUUAUUGCGGACACUUCGUAAUAUUCAAUUUCAAAAAAAGUCAAAAUAAGAUUAAAUAAUAAAUGCUAAAGCAAUUUUUACAGCGAUAUAAUUAGUGAAACAUAAGCAAUGAAUUUUUGAAUUUUUCUAUAGAUAUUAUAUUUAUAAUAUACAUGUUCUAUGAAGAUCGUCAAAGAAGAAAAAGAUUUUGAAGCUAUUAACCUAACUUCGAUCUUAUUUCAUUCUUCAGAAUGCGCGUAUAACAGGCGAUAAGGAAGGCGCGCAACGCAGAAUUUAUAACACUUGUAAGGAUGAAGUCCUAAAAUUAAGUGGUAUCUUUUCGCGUACUUAAAGCUUUUGCAUUUCGUGAUUAUAAAAAAUAAAAGUAAAUUAUUAAAUUGUUGUAUUUAUUGUAAAAAUGUGUAUUUAAUAAUUUUAUAUUAUAAACUUUUGUACAGAAGGUCUUUCGUUCAUUUAGGUUACAUUUAGGUUGUGUUCAAUUACUGUUUUAUAUAAUUAAAGUACAAUGGAAUUAGAUACGAAAACUUCAUGGAUAGACUUGACAGAUGAAGAUGAUGCUCUUCUUAAUGAAGCCAUUUGUAUGAGUUCAAACGAACUCAGCAAAAUAGUAAACUCUAAUAAGGAGACCGAAAAAACUGGAAAUUCUUUAGAUAUAAAAAUAUCUGAGCCUAAAACACAAGUCAGUAAUGAUCAAAAGAUUGAGGAGGCUAUUAGUUCCAAUGUAUGUGUUAAUAACAGAUCUUACUGUAAAGAAAGCGAAACACAUAAUAUAAAAUGCAUACAGUAUGAAGAUAAUGUAAAAAAUAAAAUAGAAGAUAUAAAUAAUGCUCGUAAAAGACCUAGAGAAAGUAAUACAAAUUAUGAAGAUGUAAAAAUUUUUCGUAGCAGACAUUAUAGUGAUUCAAGUUCUACCACUAAUUCUUCAGAUAAUGGCAAAAGACGUGUAGAAUAUGAAACAGAUCCUAAGGUGUUAGCUCGUAGACAAAAAGAAAUAGAUUAUGGAAAAAAUACUAUUGGAUAUGAUAGAUACAUUCAGGCUGUGCCGAAAGAAAAACGUACAAGAGAGCAUCCAAGAACACCACCAAAGUAUAUUAAAUAUAGUAGAAGAGGAUGGGAUGGUAUGAUAAAGUUGUGGAGGAAACAACUUCAUCAGUGGGAUCCUCCACAAGAUAGUAAUAAUUCCACUUAAAUUGAAGUUAUAUUUAAACUGUAUUACAUGAAUGUUAUCUUACAAUGCACAUUGUGGUUUUAUGUUUUUUUAUAUUUGUAUAAAAUUUCAUUAGCAUAAUAUAAUUAGAUGAACUAUCAUAACAAAUUUUGGUACAUUGUUAUACAUAUGUAUUAAAAAAAAAAACAAAAAUUAAAUAGCAAUAUAAUUGAAUAAAAC